GCCUCUGCAAGAUUGUCGGAGCCACGAAUGCCACCUGAAUGCCACCCUUACCUUCCUGGCACCUUGCUGGCUUGUACAGUAUAUGUAGAGAGACUGUGGAGAUUUGAGCAUCAUACGGGACUCCAUACCUUGAACAACUCCCCAGACUUAGAGUAGCUCUUUCAAUGAUCCAAAGCAGGGGACAGCUGGCGACAUGCCUUCAGUCGUUGCUUGCCCCGAGAUUCACCCGCAUUUUGGUGAGCAACCAGCCACGAAGGGGGAGACUUGUCAUAAGGCAGUAUUCCGCAACAACAAAGCUAUCAACACCAGCGUCGCCCUUUGUCUGUGAUGUGUGCGUAGUGGGAGGCGGCAUCGUAGGGACCGCGCUAGCGUCCGCUAUUGCAAGGCCAGGAAGGACAUCCUCCGCUCUGAAAGUGGCGCUCAUUGAGGCAGGAGACUUGUAUCGCAAGCCAGCGACCGAGCCGGGUGUAUACUCGAAUCGAGUCAGUUCCAUAACGAAUACGACGUUUCAGUUUUUGGAAGAUUUGGGUGUCUGGGACACCAUCAGCUCCGACAGGCGGAGACCGUACUAUACUAUGAAGGUCUGGGACGCAAUAGGUAGUGGGCAAAUAACUUUCGACGCAUCAGAAGGGUUACCCGCCGGCAUACCAGUUGAUCCCAUAGCACAAAUUGUGGAGAAUACCCACCUUCAAGCCGCGCUGGUCAACGGAUUGAAGGAAAAGACGCAGGUUCACGUAUACAACAACGCGAAGGUGGAGCGCAUCAGCGUUGAGGCACAAGCAGGUGGAGGUGGGGAAAGCAAGGCCAGCAAGGCCAUUCAAUGGCCUAUAGUCCAAUUGGCCGAUGGGCGGACGAUCCAGACGAGAUUGCUGGUUGGUGCCGAUGGAGCGAACUCGAGUGUACGGAGUUACGCGGGAAUUGAUUCGAUUGGUUGGGAUUACGGCCAGAUGGGGAUUGUAGCAACUUUGGCGGUCGAUAGCCACGCUAGUGGGAACCCCAGUGCUUGGCAACGGUUUCUGCCGACCGGCCCUGUGGCUCUUCUCCCGCUCAGCGAUACCCACAGCUCCCUUGUGUGGACCGUUUCAGCAAAGCUUGCACCCCUUCUUUGCUCGCUUCCGUCCAAGGACUUCACCGCCUUGCUCAACGCCGCUCUCACUCUGCCAUGGAAAGACGUUGAAUUUCUCUGCUCCCAGAUCUCCAAGGAGGGUGUGCCGCUUGUAGAUUUUGACGCUGAAGUCUCGUGGAGUCACGAAAGGCUUGCCACCAAUCAAGCGGCUAGAGUUAGGAGGAAGGCAACGUUUAAGCCUCCGGGAGUAUUGAGCGUGGUGGAGAAGACUAGAGCGGCCUUUCCGUUGAGGUUGAGGAAUUCAGAGAAUUACAUUGGAGACAGGGUUGCUUUGAUUGGUGAUGCUGCCCAUACGGUCCACCCUCUGGCAGGGCAAGGUCUAAAUCUGGGUUUGGCAGAUGCGGAGCUUUUAGCAGAUGUCCUGGCUGACGCACUCGACGUAGGAUCAGAUAUUGGUCAUCCCCACGUCCUCCAAAACUACUCGCGCGGCCGAUACCUUCCCAACCUCGUCAUGAUGAAAUCCAUCGACUCGAUCGGCAAGUUAUUCAAAACGGAAAAUGCGCUGAUCGCGAAAGUGAGGUCUGCUGGGUUCAAUGUCGUGGAUGCCUUGGGGCCCCUCAAACGCGGGAUUGUCGGGUUUGCUUCGUAAUUGAUGCUGACUACUGUAGAAACAGCAGCGAGCUACAUGUAGAUUGGAAUAGGACACAUUUGUAGCAUAUGAAGUUUGCGCAUUCGACGCUUUGCUGUUGCUUUAUACAUGGAAGGUGGUUCUGGCGGUUGAUUAAAAGAGUAGUAAUACCGGGUACCAGUUACGAUCGGAGUAACGGCAUACAGUACCAGUUACUCCGGUAUGCGUGGACGGUCCAACACGUCCUCGCCUCCUGAACUUUACAUUACAGUACGGUAGGAAGCUGGACGACACAACCGUUUGCGAUGA